AUGAAAUUCACAGUAGCUUUACUCUUUGCCACAACAGCCUGGGGUGCUCAACACCAUCACCGACGAGAUACUACAGACAAUGGCAUCAACCUUGGUGCAAUCACGAGCGCACUUGAGAAUUUAAUGGCCAAUCAAACAGCCAGCGCAAACUUUGCCAAUAUCUCGCCGCCGCCCAAGUCUCUCAUCCCGGAGAUCCUAUCGGUUGUGCCCGUAUCUGUAAUCUGGGAACUCAUCAACCCAGCAGAGCGGAGCUCCCUCGCCAGCCAAUUCAAGGCCGGUACUACCCCAGCCUGGUACAGUGCUCUCCCAUCGGAUGUGCAAGACUACAUGUCGGUGGUCAAAUCGCAGAUCUCGGCGGGGGCAUUGACGGCCACAGCGGCCGAAACCCACAUGGCAGCAAAUACAGGGACAGCAGCGACAGCCACUACGACCACUUCCGGAGGGUCGGCAAGCUCGACCUCGUCUAAAGGUGCGGCUGCGCAGCCUACAGGGCUGACUGUGUCGGCGUUGGGGGCGCUGGGAGUGCUUGGACUGGCACUGGCUCUGUGA